UAGGCCCCGCCUCCGCCCGGACAGGUUUCUCUGACCGCUGCAGAAGGCUAAGGAUGCGCCGGGUGUCUGCGACCCUCCGCGGCAGGGCGAGGCCCCUGGGGCGGGCCGGGACCACGACCACAACGCCGGUACCAGGGAACCAGACAGGCACCUGUGCCCAGCUCCACCCGCCCCCUCGAGGCACCUUGCAAGUUGUCCGUGGCAAUGGCACUUCACUGGGGACGGUGCUCGUGUUCCACUGCCCCUCUGGACACCAGAUGGUGGGGUCUGGCCUCCUCACUUGCACCUGGAAUGGGAGUAUUGCUGACUGGUCUUCAGAAAGCCCUGUAUGCAAAGCUGUGCCGCCGCACGAGACCUUCGGCUUCAGGGUGGCAGUGAUCGCCUCCAUUGUGAGCUGUGCCAUCAUCCUGCUCAUGUCCAUGGCCUUCCUCACCUGCUGCCUCCUCAAGUGCGUGAAGAAGAGUGAGCAGCGACGGGCCGACAGGACAGCACAGCUUUGGUACCAGCUGAGAGGCGAGGACCUGGAGACGGUACAAGCUGCCUACCUGGGCCUCAAGGGACACAACCACAAUAACAGCAGCAGCAUCGGUGGUGGCGGUGGUGGCGGCAAGCCGGGGAUUCGGCACAGCCAGGCCCAUGACAACCACAGCUUUACCACAGACCUCAGCGACAUCAGAGAGCAGGCUGGUGUAGCCCACAGUGUGGACAAAGGCCCCUGGACUUUCCGGAUGGGAACCCCGAGCCCUGGUGCCUCUUCCAGCUCUCCGUGCACUUACGUGAUGGUCCACCCAAAGAACUCUGCAGGGCUGGCCCCUGGAAUGCCCAUGAGGCCCAAAGCAUACCUCCCAGGAUGACCCCACCAGCCAGAGGCCUGCAACCCAACACUUGCCCAGCUGGAGAUGGGCCAGGGCAGUCAGCUCCCAUGUAUAGGGAGCCCUUGGGGGCCUAGCUGACAUUAAAGGCUGGGGCCUCAGCAGGGGACUGUCUGUCCUGGAGGGGAGACCUUUGGUUGUUAUAGGACCUGCUCAUUGAACUGCUAUGGGGAUGAGGUCCCAAAGAAGCUGCUUCAUGACCAGGGCUCUUUUAAAAAGACUGAGAAAUUUUAAGCAGAUAAUAGUUUUGCAUAAUAGAACAUGAAAAUGUUAAUAAAGUACUUUAAGCAA